CUGCUAGGAUCCUUCCGACCGUCGGUCCGUUAGUUCUUCCGUAUCGGGAAGAACCUCCUUUAAACCUUAUUAUUUUUUUUAACUUCUCUAUUUAAUUGUGUAGAGUAAUUUAAGUGUGUUUUUUUUUUGUUAAUACUAGUAUUUAUUUUCUGUUUUUUUUUUAAAAAUAUUUACAGUUAUUACUGAAUAUAUAUUUUUUGGACUUGAGAACGUUCCAUAAUACUAGUUUUUAUUUUCCAAUCCGCCCUUAAGAGGAUUUUAUUCAUCGCCGAUAUCUUGCCUGAGUGGCACCGAGUCCACCGACAGCAGCCCUUGAAGGAGACCCACGAGUCCUAGCGGAAAUCGCUGACCGCGCCCUCCUCUCAUCCACAGCGAAAGUCGAGGAAGCCCUGAAAGCGCGAUGAGCCACCCUCUCGAGUACAAUGGCAGCGUCAACCCCAGCAGCCCGGCCCUGGAGAAGGGGCACCUGUCCAAUUGUUGUGCCGACGUGGACGCGGAAAGGCAGAACUUCCUCGAUGACCAUGAGCUGGGGAAAAAGAAAUAUGAAGCCGAAUAUCAGCAGCAGGGUACUGCCUCCUUUGGGAUGUCUGUCUUCAACCUUGGCAAUGCCAUCAUGGGCAGCGGCAUCCUGGGUCUUUCUUAUGCCAUGGCUAACACGGGGAUCGCCUUGUUUGUGAUUCUUCUAGUAGCUGUACUGCUCUUCUCCCUUUAUUCUGUGCAUCUGCUGCUGAAGACUGCGAAUGAAGGAGGGUCAUCAGUGUAUGAGCAGUUGGGGUACAAGGCCUUUGGUUUACCUGGGAAAUUAGCCACUUCCUGCUCCAUCACCAUGCAGAACAUUGGAGCCAUGUCAAGCUACCUUUUCAUUGUGAAGUAUGAGCUCCCAGUUGUCAUCCAGGCUUUCCUGGGGAUCAAGGAGAGCACGGGAGAAUGGUACCUCGAUGGAGACAACCUUGUGCUGCUUGUGUCCCUUGUCAUUAUAUUACCACUGUCAUUGCUACGAAACCUCGGUUAUCUUGGUUACACCAGCGGUUUUUCGUUGCUCUGCAUGGUGUUCUUCUUGGUUGUGGUUAUCUACAAGAAGUUUCAAAUCCCCUGCCCCCUGCCGCUGGAACAGGAUGCUGUGAAUGCAACUCUCAAUACCACUGUCUCGAAGAUGGCAGCCUACUUUCUUGAGCACGUGAACAAUGCCACUGACUACAGCGACGAUGUGUGCGCACCAAAAUACUUUGUGUUCAAUUCUCAGACAGUUUAUGCUGUUCCCAUCCUGACGUUUGCCUUUGUCUGCCAUCCUGCAAUUUUGCCCAUGUACGAGGAGCUAAAAGACCGCACCCAAAAAAAAAUGCAGAAUGUGGCCAACGUCUCCUUCUUAACGAUGUUCAUCAUGUACCUGCUGGCAGCGCUCUUUGGUUACCUGACCUUUAGUGAUAAUGUGGAAUCAGAGCUGCUGCACACCUACUCCAAGGUGUACAAAUUUGAUGUGGUCCUCCUGGUUGUGCGGCUAGCCGUGCUCACUGCUGUCACCUUGACCGUUCCUGUGGUUCUCUUUCCAAUCCGCACCUCUGUGAACCAACUCCUGUGUGCCUCCCGUGAGUUUAGCUGGCUCAGGCACAUCAUCAUCACCGUUGUCCUCAUUGGUGGCACAAAUAUGCUCGUCAUCCUGGUGCCCACCAUCAGGGACAUUUUUGGAAUCAUUGGUGCUUCUUCUGCUGCGAUACUGAUCUUCAUUCUCCCAUCUGCAUUCUACAUCAAACUGGUGAAAAAGGAGCCGAUGAAUUCGUUCAACAAGAUUGCGGCGACACUCUUCCUGUGUACUGGCUUUUUGGUCAUGAUCGGCUGCAUGACCCUGAUUGUCCUGGACUGGAUCAAUAAUACUAGUGGGGCUCACUAGGCACCAGUGACAGUCAACCCUGCAACACCACCCUUCAGCAGGAGGAAGGUUCCAGCAGCACCUCCUGGUUGCGCAGCAGCAGCAGCAGCACUACCACUAAGCUGACAGCUGUUGCCAAGAUUGUAAAGGCUGCAGGCUAAAAAAAAAAAAAAAAAAAAAAAAAAACUUGCU